UUGAUGACGUCCUUCCGGCUUCACCGUAACAGCACGUGUACAGCUGUACAAUUUGGAGCUGAAGGGAAUAACAAGCAACUAAACCUUUAGCUUUCACACAGGGCUCUUAAUAUUUUUAUUUCAGGGGAAGACUUUGCCGACUAAACAGACAAAAUGACGAAGCCACGUUUCAAGGGGAGAAGCUCGAUAAAUACCUCGUCGUCCAGCAGCAACCCUGAUCGAGUCAAAAGUGCUGAAAAGACCAACUUGAGGGACCGAGCCACCAUCAAACGUCUGAAUAUGUACAGACAAAAGAAGAGAUGUAAUGACCGUGGGCAAGUCGUCAGACCUCUAUCGUUCCAGUCCACAGUGGCUCCAGGGACCGUAGCCAGAGUGGAACCAAACAUCAAGUGGUUUACAAAUACCCGUGUGAUCAAGCAGUCCUCCCUCCAGAAGUUCCAAGACGAGAUGGGAGCUAUAAAGAAGGAUCCAUAUCGUGUUGUGAUGAGACAAAGCAAACUCCCCAUGUCCCUCUUGCAUGAUAGAGUCAAAGCUCAUAACUCCAAGGUGCACAUUCUAGACACAGAAGGUUUUGAGACCACCUUUGGGCCCAAGGCUCAGAGGAAGAGGCCCAGUCUCAUGGUGGAGGAUAUGAAGGACCUUGUGGAAAAGGCUGAGGCCUCAGUCCUGACCUACAAUGAAGACAAGGACAAAGACCUGGUGACUGAGGACACAGGGGUCCGGGCGGAAGUACGUGAGGAAAUCUUCAAAAAGGGUCAGUCCAAGAGGAUCUGGGGAGAACUUUACAAGGUGAUUGACUCAUCUGAUGUCAUCAUCCAAGUGCUUGAUGCCCGUGAUCCCAUGGGAACGCGCUCCAAGAGCAUCGAGUCCUAUAUGAAGAAAGAGAAGUCCUGGAAACAUCUGAUCUUUGUUCUAAACAAGUGUGACCUCAUCCCCACCUGGGUCACGAAACGUUGGGUAGCCGUUUUAUCCCAAGAGUACCCCACUCUGGCCUUCCAUGCCAGCCUGACCAACUCGUUUGGUAAGGGCUCCCUCAUCCAGCUGCUCAGGCAGUUUGGCAAGCUGCACACAGACAAGAAACAGAUCAGUGUGGGUUUCAUUGGCUACCCUAAUGUGGGAAAGAGCUCGGUCAUCAACACACUGCGGUCUAAGAAGGUCUGCAAUGUGGCACCCCUUGCCGGAGAAACAAAGGUGUGGCAGUACAUCACUUUGAUGAGGCGCAUCUUCCUCAUAGACUGUCCUGGUGUUGUCUACCCUUCAGAAGACAGUGAAUCUGAUAUUGUCCUGAAAGGAGUGGUUCAAGUGGAGAAGAUCAAGAAUCCAGAGGAGCACAUUGGGGCAGUACUGGAGCGGGCCAAGCCAGAAUACAUUCAGAAGACCUACCGCAUCCCAUCUUGGACCUCUCCUGAAGACUUCCUCGAGAAAAUGGCCUUUCGCUCUGGGAAACUUAUGAAGGGCGGCGAGCCAGAUAUCUCCACAGUCUCCAAAAUGGUGUUGAAUGAUUGGCAGAGAGGACGAAUCCCCUUCUUUGUGAAACCCCCUGGACCUGAGGGCGAUCAUGAGGACAAGCAGCCAUUGCCAGUUAAGGAGCCCUCCGAGGCGGUUGAGACUGUGCAGGAGGAACAGCCCGACGAUCCGGACGCCGCCUCGAAGGAACGCGAGGAACAGCAGCAGAGAAAGAAGGAGCAGGUCAACAAGAUUCUGUCCAAUGUGCGACAGAACUUCGGCAAGAUCAAUGUGGCACCCGAGUUCAGCGAGGAAGACUUGGUUCCUGUGGAGAUGCCCGAGCUGGCUCUGUCUGACUACUCUGGCUCUGACGGCGAGGGAGACAGUGAGGAAGAAGAAGAAGAAGAGGAGGAGGGCGAAGAGAAAGACGGGGCCAAUGUUGAACCAGCUGCUGGGGAGACCGAGACCACAACAGCUCAGACUGGCAAAGCAAAAAGCACCAAGAGUCCAAAGCAGGUGAUCCGUGAGCUGGAUGGAAAGAUCUCCAAGUACAAGCAUUUCCUGGACCGGGCCAAAUCCAAAUGCUUCUCUGCCAUCCGGAUACCUAAGGCACUGUCUGACAAAGCGUUCACGGACAUCAAGACUAAACAAGCAGCAGAAGCAGUAAAGCAAGCGGAGAAGAAAGAUGCAAACCAGAGCAGCAAGAAGAGGAAAGCUGAGGAGGACGAGGAGUCCGCCCCCUCCCACAGACUGACGUCUAAACAGAGAAGAGCGAUUGACCGUGCUAAGAAGACGAAGAAAGUCGGCGUACGCUAUUACGAAACACAUAAUGUGAAAAACAAGAACAAGAACAGAAAGGCCCCAGCGUCAGCCAAAGUGGGCCAAAACGCCAAAAGACCAAAGCACUAGACUGGAGUCGUAAAACUCAACAUUUGAAAUAAAUCUUUAUUUAAACUUGCCAAAAAGGCAAAGUUUUUUUUAUCGCUAGUGUAAAGCUGAUGGAAGGUGGAUUGCUGACUAAGUGAUAAAUGGUCUUUAUCAAGUGGCCACUUGAAGCCUUAUCUUGACCUUGACCGUCUCUCUUGGAAAUGUACUGUUUGUAUCUUGCCUUUUUCAACUUAACUUUCCCCUCCAACACAGGACUGUUUUUUGAAUGACAUUUCAUUCAUCAUUUACAGGUGUAAUGCUCUCUUGAUGUUCAAGAGAAAUGUACAGUUUUUGUGAACUGUACUUGCCAUGCUGAAAUAAAAUACUUGUUAAUUACAAUCUGUUUAUAUUAAUUUAUCAUUCAGGAAAAAGGACAAAUGUAACAUUCUGUGCUGGGAAAUGUAGACCCGAUUCUUGUUUGGCGAAGUUACUUCUUUGAUGUAAUGAUCCCUUCCAGUUGGUUCUGAAAAAGAAAACGAAUCUUAAGCAAAAUAGCUGCUUUUGGUGCUGGAUUUUAAAGAUUGUUUUCUUUGGUUUAUU